AUGUUCGUCCCAAGGCAGCAGUUCCAAGUAGAAUUCCCCAAAAAGCAGACAUUUGGAGCACCACCAGGAUUUCAACCUCAGCCGCAAUCGAUUGGUCCAGCAGCACCUGAGAUCGACGUGAAGAUAAUGCUUCAGCAAAUUCUGCAAGGCCAAGCUAAUGGAGUAAUGGACGUCAGUAAAAAGUUUGCAGAGAUUCACCACAAGCUCGACGGCACCUACAAUGAUCUCAACUCCAAGCUCGAAGCAUUGAACUCUAGGGUCCAAUUCAUCGAAAGCAAUCGAGCUUUCACCUCCACAGCCAAACUUACCGGACAGCUCCCUGUCAAAUCUGUUCAAAACCCGAAGGAGUAUACGCACUCGACCAGCGCUAUUACAUUGAGAAGUGGGAAGGCGCUACCCGACCCGCAAGGCCGUUCUAUAAUCACUGAGGUCAAAAAUGCUCAAGGAGGGGAGGAGUUGGGUUCAGAUGAGGUUUCCGUUGAAGACGAAGUUUCAGACGAACACACCCCACUAGUAGGGGAGCUCGAUCGAGUUCCUGCAAGCGAGACCGCUCAACCUACGCAAGCUGAAAAACCACCUGUUUCUAAAGAGAAGGAGACUGCCUUUGUUCCUCCUCCUUAUAAACCGCCGAUGCCUUUUCCAGGUAGAUUCAAGAAGCAGUUGACUAAACAGUAUAAGGCCUUGUUUGAUAAACAGAUGGCCGAAAUCGAGGUGAAGAUGCCGUUGCUGGACGCCUUCAUGCUAAUCCCACCAUAUCAGAAAUUUCUCAAGGAUUUGAUUCUGGAAAGAACGAAGGAAGUACAGGGAAUGGUGGUUCUAAGUCACAAAUGCAGCGCUAUAAUUCAGAGGAAAUCGAUCCCAAAGAAGUUGGAAGACCCAAGAUCGUUCAUGCUACCUUGCUCGAUCGGUCCUCUAUCUUUCAAGAACAAUCUGUGCGAUUUAGGAGUUUCGAUCAGUUUGAUGCCUCUUUCAGUUGCGAAGAAGCUGGGGUUUACCAGGUACAAAGUUUGCCAGAUCUCUCUUGCCCUGGCAGACAUAAGCGUUAGGAUUUCCCACGACAUUCUAGAGGAUCUACCUGUUCGAAUUGGUAACGUUGAUGUUCCAACAGACUUUGUAGUUUUAGAGAUGGACGAAGAGCCGAAGGAUCCUCUCAUCUUGGGAAGAACUUUCUUAGCUACAGCUGGAGCAGUCAUGGAUAUGAGGAAGGGCAUGAUCGAUCUGAAUUUGGGAGACGAUCUAAGUAUGAGGUUCGAUAUUAAGGACUUGAUAAGAAAGCCGACGAUCGACGGGCAGGUUUUCUACAUUGAGAUGAUGGAUAAGCUAGCUGACGAGUUGUUAGAGGAAUUGGUUGUGGAAGAUCACCUGCAGACUGCUCUGACUAAGAAGAGUGAAGAUGGGUAG